CGCCCGGCGCACAGGAGCCGGAGGAAGAUGAGGCUGGCGCGGGCUGGAGCACCACGCUGCGGGACCGCCCGCCCCCGCGCUUCGAGGACACCGGCGGUCCCACCCGCCAGAUGCCCCCCAGCGCCAGUGCCAUGGACUUCUUCCAGCUCUUCGUCCCGGACAAUGUCCUCAAGAACAUGGUGGUGCAGACCAACAUGUACGCCAAGAAGUUCCAGGAGCGGUUCGGGAGCGACGGGGCCUGGGCAGACGUGACGCUGGCGGAGAUGAAGGCCUUCCUGGGCUGCGUGAUCUCCACCAGCACCUCGCACUGCGAGUCGGUCCUCAGCAUCUGGAGCGGCGGCUUCUACAGCAACCCGAGCCUCGCCCUGGUCAUGAGCCAGGCCCGCUUCGAGAAGAUACUCAAGUACUUCCACGUGGUGGCCUUCCGCUCCAGCCAGACCACGCACGGCCUCUACAAGGUCCAGCCCUUCCUGGACUCCCUGCAGAACGGCUUCGACUCCGCCUUCAGGCCUUCCCAAACCCAGGUGCUACAUGAACCCCUGAUUGACGAGGACCCUGUGUUCAUCGCCACGUGCACAGAGAGGGAACUGCGGAAGAGAAAGAAGCGGAAAUUCAGCCUCUGGGUCAGGCAGUGCUCGUCCACCGGCUUCAUCAUCCAGAUUUACGUCCACCUGAAGGAAGGCGGGGGCCCUGACGGGCUGGAUGCGCUGAAGAAUAAGCCGCAGCUGCAUGGCAUGGUGGCCAGGAGCCUGUGCCGGAACGCGGCCGGGAGGAACUACAUCAUCUUCACCGGACCCAGCAUCACCAGCCUGACCCUGUUCGAGGAGUUUGAGAAGCAAGGGAUCUACUGCUGCGGCCUGCUCAGUCCCCGGAAGAGCGACUGCACCGGCCUGCCGCCGUCCAUGCUGAGCGACCCGGCCUCGCCGCCCGCCCGCGGCCAGCACCAGAUCCGGACCAAGGGGAGCAUGUCUCUGAUCUGCUGGUACAACAAGGGGCCCUUCCGCUUCCUCACCAACGCCUACUCGCCCGUUCAACAAGGAGUGAUCAUCAGGAGGCGGGCUGGGCAGAUCCCCUGCCCGCUGGCUGUCGAGGCGUUCGCCGCCCACCUCAGCUACAUCUGCAAGUACGAUGACAAGUACAGCAAGUAUUUCAUUUCUCACAAACCAAACAAGACCUGGCAGCAAGUGUUCUGGUUUGCCGUCAGCAUCGCCGUCAACAACGCCUACGUCCUGUACAAGAUGUCGGACGCCUACCACGUGAAGAGGUACAGCCGGGCGCAGUUCGGUGACAGGCUCGUGCGGGAGCUGCUGGGCCUGGAGGACACAUCGCCGGCCCACUGAGGCCACGGGCGGGUGCGGCCCCGGUUAGGUAAGGACCAGGUCGGGGGGGGGGGCCUGCCAUCCGACCUGCCCAGCCAGAGACCCGGAGAUGCCCUGCGUGUGCCUGCAGCCCGGGAGGGGCGCUCGGGGCCUCUGGAGGGACCAGGGAUGGACCUGGUCAGAGGAUGGCGCUGUCCUGGCUUCCAUGCAAAGAAGAGCACGUCCUCCCUCCGGAGAGCGGCCACCCCAGACCUUCCGUGAUGCCAGAGCAGGGCGCUCCACCCUCACGACUCCCGCGGAGGCUUCAGGAGAGCGGGCUCAGCACAGGGACCUGGGAGGCCGCUGCCACCGGGGCCGCCAGGGACAGGCAGAGCCGAAGCACGUUCUGCCCUGUAAAGACGGGAGGACGCUGGUGACGUGGCGCAGUGUCACGCUGUGUCUGGAGGUGAUGGGAAGUGAGCCAGGACUGGCUCCACGUGGCCAAGAUCGUUCAGGUGCGUGGCAGAGCCCAGAGGGUUUUCCAGCGUUUGCCUCGUGCGGGCAGCUACAGAUGGGGCUCGUAGAAGAAGAAACACAAACUGGGGCGAUUCAAAGGCAGCGGUGGCCCUUUCUGGGACACAGACGCCUUCCUGCCCAUUUCCCCUGAGGCUGGUGGAUAGGGGAGGCAGGGAAAACACCAACAGAAUGGCAGUGAAGUGGGAUGCUGUUUUUUAUUUUUAAAUAUAUCUUCAGGUUAUUUUCUUACUGUGGCUUCAGAUCUUCUGUAAAAGGAUACGUCCCUCUUGUUUUCUGUUCUCCCCCUUUCGCCCCAGCCCAGUCAUGGCUCCUUGCAUGAUCACGGUCUGGGGCCCGGGCCCCGGCCCAGAAACAGCGGCCUGUGUCCAGAGAAGACAUGGUUGCCCUCCGUCAGGUCCACGGGGGCCGCGGGCUUCGAGCUUUUCCCGAAUGUCAUCUCUGGGAGAGUCACUUGUUUUGCAAAAUACGUAGCAUGGCUGAGACAGACAUGCAAAUGUCUGUCUCUCUGGUUGACCGCUUGCUAAUUCUCGCUCCCACGGGUGGGGUCACCAGGCAGUGUCUUCCAGGCUCACUGCACCCCUGAGAACCGUGUGGUGGCAUCCACAAAGCCCCCUCUCCCAGCUUGGUUGGGUGUGAUACCCGUGGGGCCAGGGGCCUGCUCACCAUGGGCCUGAAAGGCCGACAUGACAAGCAGCUGACAGCACGACCUCUGCGUACUUCCCAGGACACUGGGGCCUUUCUGGACCAAGGGGCCCAGGUCUCCCUCGGAGACCUGGACCAAAACCUCGGCCAGGGUGGUCGGCCAGCGUGGCUGUCCCCACAGACAAGAAGCAAGUCAUUUCUGGAGUUGACAUGAUUCCCCCUCAACCCAGUUCCUGUGCCCCCACCUCAUUUUUACAGAUGC